AUGUCGAGCUGGGCUUCGCUGAACAGUUAUCUCAACAAGAAAGUACUCAUAAUCACCACUGAAGGUAACACCUUCACCGGAACACUCCUAUGUGUUGACAAUGUUACGAACAUGGCUCUUGAGAAUGCGGUACAGCGCUUCAUCGUCCCCGCCGAUUCGGAAGAAGAGAGUCAGGAUGUCCCGCAGAUGGGCACAGUCAUGAUCCGCGGUGAUCAGAUCGUCAUCUGUGGAUUGGUCGACGAGGAGCUAGAUCGCCAGAUUGAUGUGACCAAAAUGCGAGGAGAACCAAUACUGUCGACGAAGAAGAACACUUGA